AAUUAAGAUCCGACACUUAUUCAGAAAAAAAAAAAUUGAUUUGUGUAAAAAUCGAGCAGACAAAUCUGCAUAAUAACGCACCUUCCCUCUCUGGAGGGACCUCGGCCAAAGAGGGCGUCGCCCUGAAUCAAUCAAAAGUUAUUAUCAUAUGUAGUAAAACUUCAAUCUAGACAAAUAAGACGACCCCAGAAAUUGUUAAAAAACCUGACUAAGAAUAAAAGUCACCUUCGAAAACAAGUAUCCAGAAAUUGCUAAAAGAAAAGAUCAUAAGAGUCCAAAAGAAUGUUAAAAUUUUAUCAAAUUCGUUAUUAAAACUCACUAAUAUGUAUGUUAUGGAAAAUCAAAUUAUUAAACACGCAUGCAAAGGUAAACACAAGCAGCAUAAAGUUAAACUAAAGAGAACACCGAAAUUUUACGUGGAAAACCCCCUCAUUCGAGAGGUAAAAACCACGGGACUGACGUCCACUUGGAACUUUUCACUAUAUGCAAAAGAACUGGAUGUACAAUCAACAUGUACCUCAGAAAGAGCAUCUGCCUCAAACUAUCAACUUCAGGCACUGCAUCAUAUGGACAACUAUAAGGAUCACAGUAAAGUUUUUCUUCUACCAACAAGGGUGGCCAAACAUCUUCAACACAAACCUGCUGCCGCAAUGACUCUAAUAAUCAUCAGGGAGAACAAGGCCUUGACAUUCUCAGGUUGCAAGAUAAAAAUACCAACAACCAAAGAAGCACAAGGUAUGCUGAACUCAGCCAAUAUUUCAACAACCCAGUAAGCUGAGAAAGAAUCAUCCUUCAAAAGGUCAGAAUCCCCAAAGCCCAGUGCCAGCUUGAACUUCCACCACAUCUUCAUGUUAGUCCAAACACUUCAGCCUUCAAACAGAUUAAAAUAGUGGAAGCCCAUACAAGGGGCUCAACAACUACAAAGCACAAUAUACAAGCGAAAUACAUACGAUAUCUAUCUAACCCUCAAACAUAUAGCUAACACCUAUAAAUGUACAACUUGAAAUUUUCGUGGUCCUGACAUAUAACUGCAACAAUAUAUAUAUAUAUAUAAAGUACGUAACAUAAUUGCUUUUCAAGACCGAAUAUAUUGGGAAACUAAAAGAAGCAAUUGCAAAACAGUAAGUUCUUUAGCCUGUGUAAUCAAAAUAAGUGACAAAUUGAAAAUGGAGUAUGCACUCCAAUAAUAAUUAACUUCAAUUAUAAAUUGCGACAAAUAAUACUGCAAAAGUGAAAUUUGAAGAAUAACUAUCAAUAUUUCGCCCGCAAAAACUUCAAUGCAAACCAAUUUUUUAAUGGGUUUCUCUUAAAAUAAGAAAUCUUACCAGCUAUCCAAUUAACCAAUUGAAGUUGCAUUUAGUCAAUAAAUCUAUAAAAAAAUGGUAAGUUCCUCUACACUACUCCAAAUACCAACAAUGUUGGUCUCAAGAAUUUCAUUAUUAAUGUUAAGGUUGAAACUAAUUACGAUGGAUAAUCACGUCUAAAUAUUAAAAUUGGAAAUUAAAUGUCCGAAGGUUUGGAAAUAAAAGAAUACUACCUAAAACAAGUUUGGUUUUAUUUUAAAUAUCAGUAUAUAUUAUGACCAAAUCACAAUAUCUACAAAUGCUAAGAUAUUGGCAAUAAAUCUUAUUCAUUUGUUUAAAAAAUGAAACCAAGUUUUAAAAAAAUUAAGGUUAGAUG